UCAACUACAAGGGAGGGGGUCUUGUUGAUGUUAAGUUGAGAACAUAAGUUCUCAUGUCUUGCAUAUGCAUAUCGAUAUAUGAAAUGUCAACCGUUAUCUUCAACCUUUGUGGAAUGGAGUACAUAUGAGUUUGCUAAAUUUUCAAUUUAAAGAAGGAAUUGUUGAUGCACUGAUUUUAACUGAUCAACAGGAGUCACCAGAUUACUUGAAAGAGCUGAUCAGGAAGACUCGAAGCUUAACUAAAAAAUCAUUUGGGGUUGGUGUAGUUCUAGCAUUUCCUCAUGAGAAAAAUAUACAAGCCGUAUUGGAUGCAAUGGUUGCAGUGCUGCAGGUUUACUGGGGUGAAUGUUCAGAUGAGCUUGCAUUGAAAGCUCAUCGGUCUGGGGUUAAGAUUGUGCCUCAAGCUGGGAGCUUGGAUGAAGCGGAGAAAGAAAUAUAUGCUGGUGCAGACGCAAUUACUGUUCAAGGGCGUGAAGCAAGAGGGCAUGUGAUCGGUAAGGUGAACCUGCUUUCUCGGAUCUAGGUGAAGCGAGCACCACAUCGUGUUCUGCGUAUACCUUUCUUCAAUGAUUGUAAUUCUAUUCCUGCUGAUCAAAAUGAAGCGGGUCAGCACUGUCAUCGGCGCUCAAUAAUAC